AUGCCUUCGCUUAGAUUGGGUGCGGCCCACAUGGCGCUCUUUGCGCGCGACCUUGCCUCGACUGAAUCGACAUUUACAAGCUGGGACAAGUGUAUGGCCAAAUCAUACUGCAACUUUGCACCUGCUGCUGUGGUUGCUGUUGUCCGUCCGGUCGUCGCAGAAACAAGCAGCCAAAAUACUACGAUGAACCUCCUUUGGUCCCCCCCGAGCCAGGCCCCUGCGUACAACCAAGCACCGGGAUAUAACCAAGCACCUGGAUAUAACCAGUCUUCGGCAUACAACCAGCAGCCUGCAGCUCCGGCACCGCCAGUUUAUCGUGGUGCUGUCCAGACAGCCACCUUCGACUCGGCCAAGUCACCCGCAGCAAAAAUCAACGAAGAUGCGCUCCCUGAAAUGCCAACGUGGGCUAGCGCUGUCGACAAGCACGUCGAGGACAAAAGCCACGAGGACGUAGAAAUGGAAGCCUUGAACCCACCGGAUCGGACACAUGGCGCUGGUACGCCACUACACGUUAAUACCCUCGGAGACUUCCCACCGGAUCGUGGUGGCACGGGUACACCUGCUAGCGCUGGAGGAUAUAGAGGGUUUAUCCCGACUGAUCCCUACGCUCGCCGUUCGCCGGCCCCCGCCGCUGCUCUAGCCGCGACUCAGGAUCCCUAUGGCCGACGCUCGCCUGGCAUGCCCUCCCCCGCAGCGGCAGCGGCAUCUAUCGAUCCUUACUCCCGCCGCUCCCCCGGCCCCGCGGCUGCCCUGGAUCCUUAUGGUCGUCGAUCCCCCGGCCCUGCAGCCGCAUUUGCCGCCGCCCAAGAUCCUUAUGCUCGCCGCUCCCCAGGCCCGAAUGCCGCUUAUGCACCCGCAAACGACCCCUACGGCCCCCGCUCUCCUGGCCUACCUCCCGCAGGCGCUAUAAGCUCAUACAACAGCCAACCUUAUGACCACCAGCACCAGGGCUAUGACCAAAAUCAAGGUUAUGACCAACACACCGGCUACAACCAGCACCAGCCAUAUGAUCAUGCCCAGCCUUACGAAGACUACAGCCCUGGCGGCGCCAACCAAAUGGCCAACUCUGGCUACGCCUCCCACGGCGUCACCUCCCCCUCCCCCGUAGUAGCCUACAACCCCCACAAUAACUACAACCCUGUCCCAAUGGCUUACUCCACAAGCCCAGAACCGGUGCACAAUGCCGCCGGCUUCACCCGCCAGCCAUCCUUCGGCUCAAGCCAAUACCCACCCACAUAUACUUCCCAGCCCGCAUCCCCGCCGCCCUCUUUCCCUGCACCUUCGCCACAUGGUUUCCAGAGUCAUGAUUACAGUAACCAGGCCCCUGUUGGCCAGGCUGUUACCGCAGACGAACCUAGAAAUCGUCCACCAACUUUGUUGAUGAGUGGGCGGCAACCCGCAACGAACUUUUGA